AUGAAAGUUCAGCAAAUACCAGCGAACCACGAGGAAGCGAUCAGUUUUUCUCUCAAUGAAACAGAUUUCUCAAAGGGAGAGACUGACAUCGCGAGGAUUUCCAUUCCCUUGGCAGUCUUUGAAGGGCAAGAAGGCAAGUACUGCUUAACGUAAUUAACGUCAGCCCCUACCGUGUUGUCCUGACCCAAGGUACACUGGAAAUUCCUUACCUUUGCACCGCAAUAUAGAAACGGAGCAGUAGAAAUUGCUGAAUGAAAAAUGAAUUAAAAUCAUAAUCGUCUGAAAACAAAUUACUUUCAGAAAAUCAAUAUUAUUAAUUUCACCUACAAGCUGAAGUAAAAGCAUGUUUUUUCAUGAAAUAAAUUUUCAUUUUUAUUAUCAUUAUUUUUUGUCCGUGUAGGGUGUAUGUUUUUUGUGCUUGUUCGUUGUAGUGUUCUGUUUUAACUUAUGUUAAUAUCUUUAGACGUUGUUGUUGUGAGCAUUCUUUAUAAUGGCAUUGAAGAAUAUAUGCCUAGCAUUGGAAACGUUAGACUGGAAAAUGGGUGAGUAUGUCAUUUACUAUUAUUAUUAUUGUUGUUAUUAUUAUAAUUAUUAUUAUAUUAUUAUUAAGAUAUAUUCCUCAGAGGGUAACAAAUUAAAAUACUUCCAUGAAAUAUUAAUACUCAGCCUCAUCCCAUAGGUCAAACUUCAAACUUUACUUACUUUACCAAAGAAAAUGAGCGAGGACGAUAUAUCUUGCUCAUUGUAAUUUAAUUAGCUGCUCACUUACCGAGAGGUAUUCUAAAUCAUUCACAUAACGUACAUGUCACAGGAAUUGAGAAUAAUUACCUCGACUAGUUUUAAAACUGAACAACUUUUGAUGGUUAAUAUAUACUUGUUUUUAUAUCAAUUCUUCAUUAAUGGUGCUGGACGAUGUCCCCCUCAACCUCUAAACAAUCUCCAUUUUUUUCUUUUCCGUACAUUCAAGUAAUUAGGUUUAUUUUGUUGUUUGUUGUUUGUUUUUGUUUGUUUUUUUUUUAUUCAGCGCAACCAUUUCCAACCUGACAUUAGGAAGCCGAAUAGUAUCCAGUACAGUGUAUCCUAAACCUAACGGCACUCUCAAAGAAAACGUCACUAUUGUAUUUAGCGUUAACAUUGUAAGUUUUGUUUUAUUAAUAACCUUGAAUUGAAUCUCCGUUAACUCUUUUCAGACCUCGCGAUCAACCCCUCCCCCACAAAAAAGUUGAAUAUCUUCAGAACCGUUUAUGCUAUUAUUCCAAACUUAGCGACCUUUCAUCAAAUUUAUCUGUCAUGAGAAAAUUUUAAAAUCAUCGUUGCGCGUACAUGUGCGCCACCUUUAAGGUUACCAUGGCAACCGAGCUUUGACAGCUGUCUUUUUCAAAAUUUGCAUUUUUUUUUCUUUUCGUUUGUUUCCAUUUUUUUUUUCUUUUCGCUUGUUUCCAUUUUUUUUUUUUUUCAUUUAGCAUGAUUUAAUUAAAUUUAUACAACUGUUAACGAAUCCGGGUUUUUAGUGACUAAUUUAAGAAAAAAGCAUGAAGUUGAACUGACCAAAUAGCAGAUGGCGAGUUCCAUUAUCAACAGGGUUCAUUUCUCUCCGAAUCUAAUAACUUGCAAAUUGUUUUUUUUUUUUUUUCUUACUUACCAUCCUUUUAUACAAAGAUCAAUUUUCCAUAAUGAUCAUCUUGAUUUAUACGGGUUUUAAGUCAAAGGGGAUACAUUUGAUUAAUGCAAAAUGAAGAACCAUGGAAGUGGAUGGUUCCGGUUCCUUCUUUAAUGACUUUCUUUUGACAUCAUUGCAAAUAUUUUAGAUUAUCAAAAUGAAAGUGUUAGCCAGCUUCUUGACUUUAUCAGACACCUUCGCCUUGUGGCUACUUUAAAGGGAAUUAUGAUUUUGCCAAUAGGUUCAACAAUAUGACGUCAUGACGACGUCAAAAGACAACAUUCAAUUUAUGCCUAGAUGUUGGAUAUGAUAAGUACAUUAUUCUGUCAAAUUUUGAUGGCUAUAUGCUUCGUCAAAACUAGGAAAACAGAUUAAAAGACUAAUUUAAACCAGUAUAACCUCUUCUAGCUGUAGUUAUAUUUAAAUUAUACUAUCAAGAUUUGCAUUACAAAUUUUGAUUCUUCCUUCUAUAGGUUCGGAACAAAAGCAAGGAGUCCCGAACCUAUUUAUAAGCGUGCUGGUUAUGUUUUUAAAUAGUACAUUAAUGACAGGAGGUAUGACGAACUACGGGCAGCGCACGGUGACCGCAUCUCUUAUAUUACAGUUUUUUAUGUCCUAUAUAUGGCUGUCAAUUGUGCCAAGUUUGAGAAAAAUCUGGAUAGUACAUUCUUUUCAAGGGAAUUACCUUAAGGGACAAAACUAGUUGUUGAUUUGUAAAUUUAUCAUGUAAUUCAGUUUUAAGUCUUUUACUUGCUUACUGUAAAUUUCUAGGACGCAGAAGAAGAGGUCACUCCACACUGUGUCUUCUGGGAUUUUGAGUCGAAGUACGUUUAAAAACAAACCUUGUUUCUUGUCGUUGACCCCAUCUCUUUAUCGCAUAAAACCACCCUCACAUCCAUAAAGCCUCAGACCACUAAGAUGCGCUAAUAGCACACCUAUGUUUUUAACCUUUUCGUUGCUGCUCCCGAAGAAGAGAAACUUUCUGAUUAUUACUAUUAAUAUGUAUUCUAAAUAGUCUUUCUCUUUUUUCUCUCAAUUAUUGUAGAUGCGACAUAAUUGGGUAUUGGUCUAAGAGAGGAUGCUCGUUGGUCAAAAAAAUCGACAAUGAAAUAACGUGUUCUUGUAAUCACCUUACAUACUUUGCUGUUCUUAUGCAAAUUGGAAGCAAUGAGGUUAGUGAUCGAAUAGGCCAGCAGAUGACUUUUGCUUUUCAUUCGUCUUUGAAUCUGAAUGACACAACGCAAGCAAGGUCGUAAACUAACCUACGAGGCCAGUACUCUGUAAAUGAUUUGAUGCCUUCGACUCGAUCGCGGUCUGAAGUAACUUGUAGUAGGCAUGCAGUUAUAAAAUCUAAGAAUGAUUAAUUGUUCGACGUCAUUGCAAGAGUGAUGCGUUUGUCGAAAACGUUUUUUACUAACACCUGAGAAAAUAUUGACGGCUCCAGUGAGACGUUUUUCCAGCCAGAAAAAUAUAAUAAAAUCAUAUGAGACCAAUUCCGAUAUAUUAAAAUUCAUACUUGGCUCCGAGGCUUAGGGGAAUAAAUCAAAACAAAUCAUCUUUAGGCUCAGCAAUGAAUAUAUUAAUAAUACAUUCAUUUUAUGUUCAUUCCCUUAAGCGACCUGGGCAAGUAUAAAUUUUAAUACAUUGAAAUUGGUCUAUCGGGUAGAUGAACUUAAGUUAUUUAAACAAAGUAAGUUCGUACGUACUUACCACGAUUAAAACGUUAGGCAAUAGUAAUAAUAAUUAUUACUAUUAUCAUUAAAUUAUCAUUAUUAUUAUUAUUAAAACUAGAUUAGAAUUUUUUGAAGUAAUAAUAACCCUAUUUUUUAUUGAUAACAAUAAAACCCUAUUUACCAUUAAUUUCACUUAAAAAACAAUUCAGUCAAAGCACUAUUUACAUUAGAAUUGACUAACAUGUAGUUUCAUUUAUUAAAGAAAAAAGAAAAAUUAGAAAAAUUACUGGAGCAAGUUUAAGUAAUACUUUUUGGCCACAUCACAUAAUGUAUUUCAUUUUCAAAGGUUUUUUCAGGCCAUAAAGACAAGUUGGAAGUAAUCACUUACGUUGGCUGUGCGUUCUCGCUAGUAGGAGAAGCACUUGCAAUUGUUGCGUACUGGAUUCUCAUGUGAGUUUUUUUUUCUAUGCCUAUGCAUAAUAUGAUAGGCUGUAAUCUUUUGAAAAUGAGUCAUUUAAAAAUAGCCAUGCUAUUUUUACCUUGCCUUGUUAUUUUGUUAGGAAUUUAAAGGAGGAGCAGAUUCAAAUUCGCCUCAACCUCGUCAUUGCCAUAGCAAUCGCCCAAAUCACCUUCCUUGCUGGAAUUGAAGCAUCAGCUUUACAGGUACCUGUUCAGCCUUGGUCGGUCGUUUUAUGUUGGCUAUAGGAGAGUUUUGAGCCCAACUUUCUGCUACAGUAAUAAAUUCCACUUUAUUUACAUAAGUACAGUGUCACAAAGAUAUUCUAGUUGUGACGGAAGUUGGAAUCGUGUUACUGUUAUAACCAAUUUGAAUAUUUCCCACAUUUAAACCAAGCGGUGAAGAAAAAACAAAGAAAUUGCGACUUCGCACUCUUCCAUGAAAUUUGUCGUAAUUUGAGCUACGACAGCGUUUAAAAAUUCUUUCAAAAGGAAAUCGUUAUGCCUUUUUUCUGUUGAAUUUCCACAGGGACUGUGUAUCUUUUUGGCGGGUCUGAUUCAUUACUUCUACCUUGUGGCAUUCGCUUGGAUGUUGUUUGAGGGUGUUUACCUGUAUCUGAUGGUGGUAAAAGUAUUUAAUACAGUGAUCAAAAUGCGCCUUUUCUAUGCAGUGGCCUGGGGUAAGUAUCUAACUGAUCUGAACUGAAUGAAGUAUUGUUUUGGAAGCAUUGAAAAUAGAAACAAUAGGCAGGUGAUGAGUUACGUCACUCGAGCGUCAGCCAUUGAAGACAGAAUGUUGUGGAAUUUAGCAUUCUUUCUUCUUUCUGUUUGUUCUUAGACUGAAUUAAAAAUCGCUCCUUUUAAAACGUGUGACAUGAUCAUGUGAAGUAAUUUUGGUUCAAUAAACGUUUAACCUUGUAAUAUGUAUCUAGCCGGGUUUUUGAAAACGUUAUCGCCAAAUAGACCUCUUCCAUCCAACAGUUUUUUUUUUUUCGGUCAAAAACUAUCUCCAGAGCAGCCAUUAUAAAAACUAAGAGUACAUCCAUUGUUUUUUUCGCUUCUCCUCCUUUCUCCCUCCUCGCUCUUACUUUUUCUUUUUUCCUUUUCCUUCGUUGGUGUUACUUUGGAGCUUAUCAGCCUUAAAAAACCUGGCUUUUGACGGCUUUUCACUCAAAUGACUGCAGAUUUCGUUAGGUUGGUUGUGAAAAAAUCGGCUCUCUCUCUCUCUCUCUCUCUGCAGAUAUAAAGUAGGGCAUUUUUUGUCACUUUUCCUCCUUUCGUUAAAGCUUUCUUCUAAAGGUUACUCACAAUUGCUUGUUAUGAUUUUUCGAUGCCUAAUAACUAUACUAACAACCACACACUGUUUCAACUUUUUACCAAUAUUUUGAUUGUUUUUACAGCUAUUAAACAUGUUGCGAAGUUGCAAAAAUUCCCUACUCCGUGGAUGGUCCUUUUAAAGACAUUUUAAAGUGCUUUUUUGCGUGGAUUUAGAGGUAUUCGACCUGUUAAACUCUUCCUAGCCAUUCACUCGUGAUCCACAAACAGUCUCUUCCGAGAUUUUGCAAUCGACAAAAAAGCGCCGUAGUAUCAUAUACUUCUUCAUCCAUUUUUGAGGUUCUGAAAACUCAUUCGAAAUGUGAAGCACUUUUUUUUUAAAGAAGUUGCUAUAUCUCUGGAAUUCCUGAGUGUUUUCAGUUGAAAUUCCCCAAAACACUAGCAUAUAUUGCAUUCUUUCUUCACAAAAAAACUGGCUCGAGGAAACAGCGGCUAACAUUUUUUUUUAAGUUUUUAGCGUUUUGCAAUACGAAUAUAUUGCGCGUUGCGUAAAUGCCCUAAUUGUCAAGUAGAUUUAUAGUCGCUUUAAAACUACCUGUUUUUGGAAUAAAUGGAAAUGUUGUUACGUCAAAAGAAUGCACUGAUACAGUACUUUCAAUCCAGAAACAUAUAUUAUCAAAACAAAUACUAAAAAAGGCUUUUUCAGGAAAGAAACAUUUUUUUUCCGUGCGUAUGUGCUUAUAAGAAUGCUACGCUCCUGAAGUACAUAAUUAAAAAAAAAAAAACCUCACUCAGCAAAAUUUCGUAUAUUUUGAGGCUCCCAAACAGUACAACCCACUAUUAAAGGGUGAUGUACCAAGUUUUGCUGAAAGAGCUUUACGAUUUUCAGCGUAAUUGCCUACGUUUUUGGACCGUUUUGUAAGUGACCGAUCCUCCCUACAAAAUUAGAUUUCCAUAUCAUUUUGAUGGCGUCACUGGCCCUUUCCCCCCACACCCACUUCCUUUACCCAUUCCCGCUGAUAUAAACUUGGUCAAGCUUAGUAGAAAAUUUAAUCAAUUAAUUUCCAAAAACGAAACACGAAAAACGGCUGUCAUACAUUUUACUUUUCAGUUCUCACUAUCGGAUCUGUACGUCCGCGGGUCUUUUGUGCUCUUUCCGCCUCCACCCUCCCCCUUUACCCAUUCCCGCUGAUAUAAACUUGGACAAGCUUAGUAGAAAAUUUAAUCCAUUUUUUUCCAAAAACGAAACUCGAAAAACAGCUGUUAUACAUUUUACUUUUCAGUUCUCACUAUCGGAUCUAUACGUACACGGGUCUUUUGUGCUCUUUCCGCCUCCACCCACCCCCUUUACCCAUUCCCGCUGAUAUAAACUUGGUCAAGCUUAGUAGAAAAUUUAAUCAAUUUAUUUCCAAAAACGAAACUCGAAAAGCAGCUGUCGUACAUUUUCUUUUUAGUUCUCACUAUCGGAUCGGUAAGUACGCGGGUCUUUUGUGCUUUUUCCGCCUCCACCCACCCCCUUUACUCAUUCCCACGGAUAUAAACUUGGUCAAGCUUAGUAGAAAAUUUAAUCAAUUAAUUUCCAAAAACGAAACACGAAAAACAGCUAUAUUACAUUCAUUCCAUUUUUCGCUAUCGGAUUUGUAAUGUAUGGCAUGUGUAAUUGCCUCCACCUGCCCCCCUUUACCCAUUACCGCUGAUACAAACCUGGUCAUGCUUGGUAUAAAAUUUUAUCAAUCGAUUUUCAAAAACGAAACAGAAAAAGAGCUAUAUUACAUUCAUUCCAUUUUUCGCUAUCGGAUUUGUAAUGUAUGGCAUGUGUAAUUGCUUGGUUACGAGUGAUUUCAGCAACGUUUACAGUAUGACACUUUGUGAUGCAUAUUUGAAUUGCCCGUAAAACGAAACACGAGGUGAGUAGCACAUGCUUUUCUUGUCCUCUUUUUAAUCGUGAAAAACAUUUUUUAUGAGGCCAAAAAUUUAAAAUGCAACAUCAAAUUUCCAUGUUACGUAUCCGCGACUACGCAGCAUAAAUGAUUUUCAAUAACAUUGAAGGAUUGUUCGAGAAAAUGGAAAGGCCGCUUUUCUACGUUUCACCGUGUACUCAAUGUCAGUGAAAAGCGGCAUGGAAACUGUUCUAAACAGAUGUUGGCAGUAGUUAAAACCAUUGGCACUUUCCCAUGGCACUUAAUUUCACAUUUCUAUGAAAUUAAUCCAACAUGAGAUCGAAGAGGAGAUCGAAGAAGAGAUCGAACAUGAGUUUAACUUAAAAAUUAAUAAUGGACAGGACUCGCGUAAACAAGGAUUGUGGAGUGAUGUUGCAUUUUCCAUUAGUCACUGUCAACAACAACAGUCCUAUUCAGGACUAUAUAUGUUCACCCGGACGAUCACGCUCAACCUACUAAGGAGAAUACAUUAUGAAAGGAUAUGAAACUGCCACUUAUAUAGGGGGAAAACUAUGCUACAUAUAUAGUACUAUUUUCUGAUGCAGAAUUUUCUUUGAAAUCUGUUAGGGUUUACAACCAUGUCUGAGGAACUGCUUGUUGGUAUACAAAAAGCAAAAUCAGACCUUGCAAAAGCACUAAUGUCAGGAGUUAAAGAAAGAGUCGAGCAGGUAAGAAGAUCAUUUGAGGUUUAUUUUAUAUACAUCUAUAUCAGUACCCAAAACAUUCAUCUAAGAGGAUUUUUGAGGUGUGCAGGCAAUUUUCUAGCCACAUGAUUUUUUUUUCAAUUUCUCUUGCAUGAAUAUUCUUGGGUGCUUUGCCUCCCCAGCCCCUUCACUUCCCCAUAACGUUUCUUAUGAUCUGUCCUUAAUUAUAUGAAAGAUAUCAUAUAUGAAAAUCAUGUAUGAGAACUGCGGGGUGAAGAAUUAUAUGAAAGAAGAUCAUCGCAGUUAUAGAGGCAACUUUUGCAAUUGGGAAAAGAAAGCCUGAAAAAUUCAGGCUUGUAGGGGAUUCGAACCCUUGACCUCUGCGUUACCGGUGCAGCGCUCUUACCAUUAAUGUUCAGGGCGCUCAUUUCUAUCCUUCGUUGUUACGUUAGUAUUUAGCACAUUCUGAUUUAUCUUUCAUUGUUAAAUUAGUGAUUAGCGUGCUCUGAGUUUUCUUUCGUUGUUACAUUAGUGAUCAGCGCGCUCUCCGUUAUCUUUCAUUGUUACGUUAGUGAUCAGCGCGCUCUGAGUUUCCUUUCGUUAUUACGUUAGUGGUCAUCGAGUUCUGAUUUAUCUUUCAUUGUCACGUUAGUGAUCAGCGCACCCUGAUUUGUCUUUCAUUGUUACGUUAGUGAACAGUGCGCUCUCAGUUAUCUAUCAUUGUUACGUACGUUAGUGAUCUGAGCGCUCUUAUUUAUUGUUCGUUGUUACGUUAGUGUUUAGUGCGCUCUGAUUUAUCUUUUAUUGUUACGUAAGUGAUAGCGCGUUCUGAUUUGAAUUUAAUUCUUACUCUAGUGAUCAGCGUGCUCUGAUUUAGCCUGUGAACAGGCCUUUGGUCGAGCGGGGAACUUUCCUUGCUAAUUUUUUCCCAAAACAGAGAGCCUGUUCACAGGCUAGCUCUGAUUUACCUUUCAUUGUCACGUUAGUGAUCAGCGUGUUCUGGUUAAUCUUUUAUUGUAACGCAAGGGAUCAGCGCGCUCUGAUUUAUCUUUCAUUUUCAAAUUAGUGAUCAGCGCGCUCUCAUUUAUCUUUCCUUGUUACGUUAUAAACCCGUCAUAUAGUUCUUCACCCCGCAGUUGUCAUAUAUGAUUUUCUUAUAUUCAUACCUACAUCAUAAUCUGUCCUUAAGUAAUCCAAUCUUUCUCAACAUAGAUCCUGUUCUUGUUAAAGCAAAGCUAUGAAACAAUGGUUUUGACUACUACCAAAAUUUGAAAAUUUUCCAUGUUUUUAUUUUACAUAAAAUAGGCAAGGAAAAUGUGUUUGACGAUAUUCUAGAAAGAAAAAAAGCUUUUCUAGACUAUAAAAACAAGGAGUUAAAAAAGGCGAAAAACUGGGAUUUUUUCAAAGGGGUUAGUCCAUGGUUUUUGUCCAAAAUUUGUAAUUUUUUACCGUGUUGAAUUCACACGUAUAGGUUGAGGAUGAUCGUCCGGGUGAACGUAGUCCUGAAUAGGACUGUUGUUGUUGACAGUGACUGACCUUUCGACAAAAUGUGCGGUAGUCGUCUUCAGAGUCGAUCACCCGGACGAUCACACUCAACCUACUUAUGAGAUAAUUAGUUUAUGAUAGCAUAUGAAACUGCCACUAAGUAGAGUAAUAUACGGGCAAAACUAUGCUAAAUUGUGGGUAAUUUAGGCCCAAUAGACGAUUUAGUGAUCACGCGUAUUAACUUAAUUACCUUUUGCUGAAAUGUGUUAAUUGCAGUGUAGGAAAAAAUUGGAAGACAGGAAAAAUGAAUGGGUAAACAAACUCCGGAUGAGAGAAUAUGAGCCCGUUGAAGAAGACUUCGACAUUGAUGAUUUUCGACAACCGCCCCUCGAAUGUUUGGAUGAACCUAGUGAUGAGGAGGUAGGAAGCACUGGUUGGGAAGAAGAGGAUAAUCCCAACAACAGCGUCGACGAAAAGCAGAAGGUAUCUAAAAAGGCAGUUAAAGGUGAAAACAACGGUGGCAACUCUCGUCAGACCAGAAAAAAAUAUCUUUGCCCCAUUAAAGGGUGUAAAUCACAGGUACGUGAUCUUCCUCGCCAUUUGAGAGACGUUCAUAAAUGGGCCAGAGAAAAAGCUAAAAAGGCGACCUCCAGGUUUGGAAUGCGGGAAAGCUUUUCGUCUACUAACAUGGACGGAAAAGGAAAAGACCGCAAGUGGAAAGACUAUCAUUACCACCGCAAGUGCCCAAUUUCAGGUUGUCACUCGAUAGUAAAGCGACUUUCCCAACAUUUACGGCAAGUACACAAAGAAAUACGGAAGGGCUUAUCGGAAUACAAAGCCAUAUUAAAAGAAGCUCGGCCAAGAAAACCUUCGCGAUCAUCAGCACUGGUGUCAAGAAGAACUGAAGAAGCCGAAAUAAGCCUCAGUAGCAACAGUGAUAAUAACAGCGUAGCUGGAACUAGCGUGAAAGGUGACGGCAACAAGGAUAGCGGCACAGAAAAUUCAGAUAGUAUCAGUGAUGGUGACAACUGUGGCUAUGAAGGCACACCUGACAGUGAUUCACAAACGGAAGCUGAAAGCACUGGCAAUUUAGAAAUGAGCCAUGGCAUAUUUGGUUCUUUCAUAAGCUGGCUACAGACAACUGAUGGUGGAAGGAAACCGCACAAAAUGUCGAAACAGCAUGCCUCACAGGUAGAAAAGAUUCUUACUGUUAUUGACCCGAACAAAGAUCUGGCGUCGCUAUUUGAUCGUAAACUUAUUCGUGACACUUUCUUAAGAGAUCACGCUGAAAAAACCUACAAACCUGACACUAUUAAAUCGUACUUGUUAAGUCUACGAUAUUUCUGCAGCUUUGUCUUAACAGAGCGUCCUGAGGGCGUAAAUGUGGACGAUGCUACUAUUAAUGUAAUUGAUGAGAAAGCCUGUUUGUGGUCGACUUCAUACAAGAAAGAUUGUCAACGUAGGCAUUUGGAGAAACAGGAUGAAGAUAUUUCUAACUUGAUAACAGCUGAGAUGGUGACUACAUUUGAGCAGAGUGAAUCAACACGAAGAGCAGUGUCCCUCAUUGGUCAGCUUAGUGGGGCUCACUGUAUUCAACUUAACCAAGAACAGUACACACUAAUUAGAGAUUUCAUCCUAACUGAAAUGACAAUUGCUAAUGCCCAUAGAUCGGGUGUGCUAGCUAACAUGACUAUAGGUGAGUUCAACAAAUCAAAGCAUGAAAGCAAUGGAAGCUACGUAAUAAGUGUAAAGAACCAUAAGACUGCAUCCAUUCAUGGUCCUGCCAGAGUCGUGCCUUCACCUAAACUGUUUGGUUACCUGAAAGUGUACGUUAAUGAAGUGAGAAGUGUAGUAAAUUCGACCAAAGAUGAAAAUGACUCUGUGAUAUUGUCGUGGAGUGGAGCAAAGGUCGUGUCAGGCCAAAUAUCAACUGCAAUCAACGCCGCUUGGAAAAAAGCAGGGUUAGAGGGUCAUAUCAGUUCAACUCUUUUCCGAAAGUCAGCGGUGACUGCCGUACAUACCAACCACAAAGACAUGACAGGAAAACUCGCUGAUCUCAUGGCACACAAAGAGUCGACAGCCCAAAGGUACUACAAACUUCACGAGAAACAAAAAUCCUGUGUUGAAGCAGCAGCCGAGCUUCCCUCCAUUAUGAGAACAACAAAAAAAGUACUGGAGGGAGGCGAUUCCAUUACUACUAUGGAAGAAGAUAUUCCUGCUGGUACUAAAGAUAGCACGGAGAAACAUGUAACCUGGAACAAGCAACAAAUAGAAGCCAUAAGAGAGUUUUUCCGUGAAGAAAUCGACCAGAAGUCGGUAACAAUGGCACUUGUCAGAGAAAAGAUAACACAUAAUGCGAUCCUUUGCAAUCACGACCCUAAAAAGAUCUGCGACAGAGUUCGCAGUGAAUGGCGUCACAAACGUGAUGAAAGUCACUUGGAGACUGCUGGUGCAGUUGACCCUCCAGACGAAGAAGAAACUUUUUCAGACAAAAUGAGUCGCUAUAUGUCAAGUUCAAGUGUUUCAGAAUUUGUGCCACCAUCAAAUUCAAGUUACGUGAGCCGAAACCUUUUUUCCUUAAGGGAAAAGGAGGAUCUCCUUCGGCUAUUUAAGCCUACAAUCAAGAGUGGAAUUAUCUCAAAACCAGCCGUAAAGAACAUUCUUGAAGAAGACGAGGCUGGGAGGCAAUUCUUAAAAAAGUUUACCGUAGAUCAGAUUGUCAACCGUUUAAAAUAUGAGAGGCGGAUGAACCAAAAGCGUACUUAAGCUAGGUUCACUGUUAUGUCUUUUUGUAGAGGUUUCUGAUGCCAGUUUAAAUAAGAUGAAAAAGAUGAAGCUGGGAGGCAACGCUUGCCUAAAUUUACAGUAUUAGAAAUCCUUAACCGCUUACAAUAUGAGGGACGGAUUAAAACAAAGGCAUACUUAAAGAGAGCUAGGUGUUGUCUCUUUUUAGAGGUUUGUCAUGUUAAUAUUAACAAGGCGUAGUUGAUUUGAAGCUAGUUUUGUUGUCAUGUUAUGUCUCUUUUUAGAGGUUUGUCAUGUUAAUAUUAAUAAGGCGUAGUUUUUUUGUCAUGUUGAAAUAAGUAACACACUUCCUGUUUUUCAUGUUCAAAGUACUUUGAAAUUUGAUUGUGAUAAUUGAUUGGUAAGUCGAACUCUUGCUUUCUUUAAAAUUUCCAAGAGUUAUUGUAAAUCAAAUUUUUUUUCGGCAAUACUGUUAUUUUAAGUAAGGAGAGUUUUAUAUUCAUUGAAAGGAUGAAACCCGAAAUUAAAAAAAAAAAAAAAGACAAGCAUUUUAGUCUUAAUAUUUACAUUAUACUUGCUAAUAAUUUGACAAAAAAAAAUUUUAAAAGGUUUUUCUCAGUCAUCUGUAUUGACAAGAGUUUUCCGCGAUGCUCACAAAGAACAAGUAGCGUUGAGGUCACUUUAGACCUCAUGAGAGCCUUCCUUUGGUGAUUCAUACCAGACUAAGAUGGCGUUUCGCACAUAAUGACCGCACAGCACCCUCAUUUAUAAGCCCGACCAAAUUGAAAGCCUCGCACCAAAAGAAAAAGCCACUUAAAAUAAGCCCGUCCUUAAGCCCACGGCUAAACGGUCAAACAUUUUCGUUGAAUACCGUGUUGGAAGAGCAUGUUGAUCAAUGAUCGUUAAGCCAUCUCAUGUUGUGCAUGACAAAAGCAAUGUUGGAGAUUAAUGUUUGAUCGUUGAGCUGAUGCUUUAUAUAAACCUCCGCGGGGUUAUGGUUGACGAUUGCCCUCAUAUGCAAAAUUAAUCCAUACCAUAUCGGAAACUGUGCUUAGACAAAUCGAGGAUGCACUCUAGUAACUCGCGCGUAUAUUAAAGAAAGUACUUACAGUUAAAAUAUACAGUCAGUAUGCCAGAAAAAAUAUUUUGCUUGAACAGGGGCCGCGAGGAAUCGGUAGGUAAUGAUGACGUUUCUAUUGUUUGCGCCCGCAAGUACGAAAUAGUUAGGAUGACGUAAAGACUGAAAAUCCCAAAGGGACCGCCUAGGUAGAUUUCGUGACAUUUAUUGUGCAGUCAUACUUGGAUACUCUUUUGCGUUACGUGUUAUCAGUGACAUUCUGUGGAGCAGGUUGUUUUUACCGUAUGGAAAAAAGGACAGUCUUCAAAGCAGAGGGAGGGAAAAGGUGUCCGAAACACACAGCUGGCAUGUCGUUGAGGUCAAAUAUCAUAGGCUGCGAAAUCUGGAGGGCUAGGGAAGUGCCCCUCUUGUUUUUGUUUUUUUGUUGUUGUUUUUUUGGGGAAGGGGCACAUCCCCUCACUUCUCACUUUUGUAGAAUAAUAAAUAUUAACAUUCUUUUAUUUUUCCACGGUAAGUCGUUAGGACAUAAAUUUACUGUUUUGGAAAGUUCAGGUUAACGCCGACUCGUCUGUUUGAAACACUAAACAACGUAGGUAGCCGGUUGGAUUUGGGACAUUUCAUUUUUUUUUUUCGCAUUUCCCCAACCCCUAUGGAAGGCUAUCCUACGUAGUUUUUGUUGCUGGCACCAUUGAAGAUUGCAUCCGAGGAGUCCAAAAUAUGGUCGACGUCUAAGAACAGGACAGAGACCAGCUUUUAUUGUUUAUAGGGGGAGGGAGGGGGUGGGGCGGAAAAUGUGGCUAAAGUGCCCUAACCCCCGAGACAAAAAUGCCCUAAUGUGAUCAGAGUGCCCUAAAGUGACCGAAGUGCCCUAACCUCUGUGACAAAAAUGCCCUAAUGUGACCGAAAUGCCCUACUCAAUGUUACCAAAAUGCCCUACGUGACGAAAGUGCCCUACCUAACGUGACAUAAAUGCCCUAAUGUGGCAUAGAUGCCCUAUUGCACGUUGCAUAAAUGCCCUUCAAUCUAACUCUCUCUCUCUCUCUCUCUCUCUCUCUCUCUCUCUCUCUCUCUCUCUCUCUCUCUCUCUCUCUCUCUCUCUCUCUCUCUCUAUAUUUUUUUUUCAAACAAAAUGCGGUAUUUUUUUUAAUCCAAUUUUUCCACACGAGCCAGUUGUAAUUUGCUGCCUGACAGACUGAUAUAUCAUGGCCUGAGAAAACAGCCGACAUUUCGCGACGCCAUCCGACUGGUUUCCACGCCAAAUUGCAUCCAAGCAACGAGCGCAGAAACUCCAUACAGCUGACACGUCACUAUCAAGAUCUGGGUAGUGCUUCUGAUUGGUUGAAAACUACUUUAUCCAAUCAGACGCACUACUCAGCUCUUGGUAGUGACGUGUCAUCAGUAUGAAAUUUCUGCGCUCUUUGCUCAAACAUCAUUUCGCGUGGAAACCAGUGGUGACGUGGCGAAAUGUCGGCUGUUCUCUGAGGCUUAUUAUCUCAUCAUAACGAAAAGAAAGGGCAAUUUUGUUAAGUUCUCCGCCCAAAAACAGUUUGGGAUACGGGUUAGGGUCGAGUUAGAAAACUGUGAGUAUUUAUGGAAAUUUUCUAGGUACACCUUUUGCUUUUGCUGUUAUAUAGAAAUUGUCACGACAUUAAAACCUUUCUUCAAAAGAAACUGGAAGCAAUUUUUCAGCCGGUCUUAGAGUGUAUAAUACUUCGUCAUUUCUGUCGUAUUUCAGGCCUACCUCUUUUGAUUGUGUUGAUAUCGAUGCUGAUUGCCUCUACUCAAGAUGGUGGAAUACAUGGAUAUGUUCAUGGCGACUUGUAAGUAAAACAAGGCGCUUUCUUGACAGACAUAAGUUACAGACGUUUGGCCACAGUAAACAAGCACUUAUUGGAUUCGGCUUCCGCAUGGCCUGAAAAAUCAUGUAGAUCGCGAUCGAGAAGGUAUUUAUCUUACGCGGCUAAAGGUCAAGGCGUAUAACACCCUUCAAGAUCUCCAUAAGUUUUCAGAUCCUAAGAAAGCCGAAUCCCUUUUUUUAAAUUAAUUAUUCAUUCAAAAUAAUUCUCAAUUUCAACAUGCUAAUACCUCCUCGAUCGAGGUUAAGUUCCAAUCAUCAUUUGUCUCUUCCUUGAAAAAUUCAGGAUAUAAAGGGAUAUUUAGUCUUCCAGAUAGUCUUCAAAUAUCAACUGUCAUCCGUUGAGUUGUUAAUUUGCUGUUCCUCCUUUGAUCAUGAGGCAGUUAAGUUUAGCUACUUCUUUACAAAACAUGUGAGCUGACGCAACGUCGUUCCCAGGGCUUCUCGAUUGCUGUCCUUUAUUUCUGAUGACAGCCUAUUCUAUUGAUGUCAUUGUACCGAAUAUCAGAAACAUCUUCCAAAGUUUGUUGGAGAACAGUAGCUGGUUAUGAAGAAUUAGCCGGUGGAUUUGAGCCAAUCAGAUACGGAUAAUUAGUUUGAAUGUACAAUAAUAACAAUGCUUCCUCGUGCCCAGCAUUUAUAACGCUGUUCCAGGAUAUGGAUACUAAAGGCAAGAACAUGGAAUCGACAGCACGUCAUAGUGAAGACUUCAUAUAAUGUACAAUUUUGGCCCAGCUUUUUUUGAUAUGUAGCAAUAUAAUUGCUUUUAUUGAUACUUUAACAGCUCUUACGCAGUUUUUGACAACGACUUAUUUAUUGGAAUUAAUUUCUACUGGUUUAAAAAAGGCAACAAAAUGUGUUUUCCUAUCUUCUCUAAUAUAGCUGCUGGGUUUCCUUCACCAAUAACCUCAUAUGGACCUUUGUUACUCCAGUUCUCGUUGUUUGUUCGGUGAGUUACCAGAAACAUAAAAUACUAUCUCACCCAACUGCAUUAUGAAGUAAUUAUGUUACUUCAUCAUUUUGAACUUGCCUUUUGAUCAAAUUGUCGAAUUAAAGAAACUCCGAUAGUUUUCAGUGAUAAAUUAAUCUGCCAUUUCAUCGUUUAAUUUAAUUCUCUUCCUUUCGUUUCUCAUCAAACAGAUAAAUACAGUCCUCCUUGGCAGAGUGGUUAACGAAAUCGUUAAGAUGCGGAGCGGGAAAACCUCGGAACUUGAAAAAGUCCGACAAGGUGUUAAGGCAUGCGCAGUUUUGUUUCCUCUUCUGGGACUGACCUGGGUGUUUGGUAUUCUAAGCGUAACAGACGCUGGACUCGUGUUUCAGUACAUCUUUACCAUUCUCAACUCAUUACAGGUGUUGCAAUUUUUCUAUUCAUGCUAUUAUACAACGUCUCACUUCCGGGAAAGUGAAAAAAUUAGGUAAUGAUAUCCCGAUCUUGUCAAUUGGACCAGAGUGGCAGACACUUGUAGAUAUAUUGUUACAGACCUGACUUCUUUGUCAUCAAAAUGGGGGAGGGAGGGAAUUCUGCUUGCCUGCCUAACCAGCACGGAGUUGUUAGAUUAUUGCAGACAGGCGUAAAAAAACUUGUAGGUGCGGUUAUAACUAAGAGAAAACGUUAAUCACAUGACGCAACGCGGUUUGUGUAACGUGGGAUAUACGUCAGGGCAAAAACUGCUUAGAUCUGCCAUCCUGAAUAAUUGGACCAAAAUUGCAUUGAUGCGAUAUGAAAAUAUCUAAUAAUAUGAAACAUUACAAGAAAAGAGUGCGUCGGAAAUUUUGGCCAUCGAAAUGUCUCAAGUCACGUCACAAUUUAUGAUUUCUGUUGCACACUAAUGUUUCCAAGUGCCCUCUUCAUUUACUAAUAAUCCAUCCGAGUUCUAAGUUUCUGCUGAUUACUUAUUUAAUUUUCCAGGGCUUGUUCAUUUUCAUACUUCACGUUCUGAGGAAUGCUGACGUGCGAGCGGCAUACUUGCGAAAAAAGACGAAUUGGAAAGCAGCGAGAAGCAUUGGAAGAUCAGACACAGCCAAUCACGAUUCAAUCGCAUUGGGGUGGAGCAACAUGAGAAGUGACAAAGACAAAGACAAGAUUCGAGAAGCAAAUCCUACUGUACAUCGCCAAGAUCAGAGCGAUCAAUUAUUGGUUAUGACAAACCAUUUGCUUUUGACCACGACAGAUGUAUGA